AAUUGUUAAGACCCACUGCAUAAAGACUAGUACAAGACAAAUGCAAGUAUUAAACACAAAAGGCCACAGAGAAAGCCACCAAAAUUGAGGCUAUAUAUAAAGCUCACAUCCACCUCACCCCCAACCAAAGAGAAGAUUUGAAGCAGUUCUCUUCUCACACUUCACUCCUCACUCUCUUCCAAGCCUCUCUUCUUCCAAAGCCCUCACAGGCAAGAACCGCCGCGCGCCGGCGAAGCCACGCCGUGUACAAUACAGUGCUAUGGCUGCCGCCGGAGCAGCGUUGCGGCUGCGACUCCUCUACCGGAUGCUGCGCGUGGGCGAGCUGCUUGCGUUGGUAGUGUUCUUGUCGUGGUCUUCUUCCCGCGUGCCGGCCGCCGCCGCCGCCGUGGUGAGGCUCGCCGGGUCGCUUCUGCUCAACGCCCGGUUCGUGUUCGUCCUUGGCAACGCCAUCGUGCUCCUGCUCCUCGCGCUCUCCAGGCACGACCUCUCCAUCUCUUCCUCCAACCAAGCUGCCACCGCCGCCGCCGCCGUCUCCUGCGACAGUGGCGCCUGCCCCAUGCCAGCGUCGACAGCACCACCCGCCGCCUGCAGCUUCCCUGCGUUCAUCGUCCCGCAGCCGUCACCGCCGCCGCCUCACGUCCCCGAGGCCCCGGCAGCAACAGCGCCUCUGGCGCCCGUGGUCCCCUGCGCCCCGUCGUCGGCAAAGGCCGCGGCGGCGGCGGCGGUGUUCGAGGACAAGCAGACGGUGCGCGUCAACAAGGCCCGCGCACCGAGGCGGAGCAGGUCGGAGAAGAUGAGCCCGCGCGGCGCGUUCCGGCGGGCGGCGUCGCCGGAGCUGCGGCGUUCGGAAUCGGACAACGGGCGCAGGCGGCGGUCGUCCGUGACGGCGCGCGACGCGGAGGCGGUGAGCUGGGGCGCGGACGACGCGGAGGAGUUCCGGCGGACGGUGGAGGCGUUCAUCGCCAAGCAAACGAGGUUCCACCGCGAGGAGUCGAUGACCAUGUCCAUCGUCACCGGCGUCGGCCACGGCGAGGUCGCGCCGGCCAUCACCGGAGCCCUUGCGGUUGUCGAAUAAGUUGGCCCACCUGUCAGUGAAAAAAAACCUGUGCAAAGUACAUAAAUGGAGAAUUGAAGCUCUCCUUGGCUUACUAGCAGCAAGCUUGUGUGCA